CUUCACCAACAAUCAAUAUGACUGAAGUGUUGCCUAAAUCUACCUUAUACUGUGGUGUAUGUUCGUACCCACCGGAGUACUGUGAAUUCACUGCCACCUUCAAAAGAUGUAAAGAAUGGCUCUUGAGCAACCACCAAGAAGUGUAUGAGAAGCUCUACAGUGACGAGGCUUUGGCCAACCAAACAUCCACGUUGUCGUUAGAAAAGGAGCAGAAGAUGGAGCAGGAGUUGGAAAAGAAGCAGAAGAAAGAGGAGGCCAAGCAAGAAAGAGAAUUGCAGAAGAAAUUGUCCUCCAAGGUUACCAUCAAGCGGAUCGAGAGAAACAAGAGAAAGCACAUCAUUUCCAUAUCGGGAUUGGAGGUGUUCAACAUCGACAUGAAGAAGUUGUCCAAGACUUUUGCAUCUAAGUUUGCCACCGGGGCCACGGUCACCAAGAACGCCGAAAAGAAGGAAGAAAUCUUGGUCCAAGGAGAUGUGAGUAACGAAGCUAAGGAAUACAUUGAAAAGUUGUUGGAAGAGAAGGGGUUGAACGAAGUCAAGGUGGAGCAGAUUGACGACAAGAAGAAGAAGAAGGCCUUGGAAGCCGAGGCGGAAGCUGCCGCAAAGGCCGGCAAGAAGUAGACGACCGGGAGGCACAUAUAGCAGAGCUAUAAUUCAUGCUCAUGAAAUAUAUAUGUUGAGGUAGUUCAUGAAUAAAUACGAUGUGAUGAGGUGCUCAUUAAAUAUGUCGAGGUGCUCAUGAAAAAGGUAUACGUGGUUCAUUAAUGAAAUAAAUAGGAUGAAGUGUUUAAUAAAAAGUAUUAGGUUUUCAUGAAUAUGGGUGUAAUAGCUCAUGAAGACUUUCUCAUAAA